AUGGUUCAAAGUCAAUGUUCUUCUGGUGUCACUGUCGCGAAGAUGCUCUUCAUUGUGUCAACAGUGUUGAUGGUUUUUCGAUCAGUGACCCCUCAAGACAUUUCCGCGUUGGUCGAUGUGAAAACCCUGAGUGAACUUCCCUUAGAAAAGCUCCUCCAAGUGAAAAGUACGUUCCAAGAACCGGAAACUGAGACCAAGGCUGAUAAGAAAGUGGAUGGGCCGUCAGCGCUGGCCCUCCAGUCAAAGCGCAAACCGAACGACCGAGGGGGCUAUCACUACCACUAUGAGGAGGACAAUUCGAAGAAAAGUGGCAAAAAGAGUGUGCAAAGUAUUUUCCAAAUUUCCGUGACGACUCUAGCUUUUCUGGCGUUUGGAGGGUAUUUGUUGUGUCUGUUGGUGCAGGCCAUCAAGGGCAAAACUAUGAUGAAUAUGAUGGACAUGACGACGAUGCCGCCAACUGGGGCCGCUCUCUUCCGGCCCAGGCCCACAAGGAGGCGGCGGCGGCGGCCCACGCGAAGGCCCGUCAAGUUGCAAAGGCCCACAAGACAAACCUACGGGAGGAAACCGAGGGAAAAACGCGAAGUUUGGCCUGAAGCCGACCCUGAGAGCAUGUACUACGUCCUCGUGCACCUCUCUGAAGCCUACGUCCGUUAUCACACCAUCGAUUAUAGAAAAUUCAAUUACACGGCGAGCUCUUAUGUAAAUUAG